AAUGUUUCACUCAGCAACCUGGGGAGGGAGGGAAGUUGGUUGGUUGGUUGUAGAAUUUACCCCUAUUCCUCCACUACCAACCCCCCCCCCCCCAACCCUUCUAAAUCCUCCACUCCUUCCUGUCACAUUUGUUUUAAAGAGAACGGCCAUGUGAAGGUGAACGGAGACGCGUCUCCAGCCGCAGCCUCCGCCGCAGGUUCCGCCGCUGAGCCGCCCCCCGUGGAGAAAGAGGAGCUUCAGGCGAAUGGGGCCACCCCGGCCGAGGAGAGUAAAGAGGAGGCGGCCGCAGCUCCUCCGGUGACCAGCGAGCCGGCCAGCGGCAGCGCACCCCCGGCUGCGGCCAAGCCUGAAGAGACGAACGGGGAGUCGGCGGAGAGCGGAUCCCCGGCGGAGGGCGAGGCGGCGGCGAAGAGCGAGGAAGCGGCGGCGGCUCCCCCUGCUUCCACCUCGGCCGCCAGCCCUGCUAACAGCGAGACCCCGAAGAAGAAGAAGAAACGCUUUUCCUUCAAAAAGUCUUUCAAGCUCAGCGGCUUCUCCUUCAAGAAAACCAAGAAGGAGACCGGGGAGAGCGCCGACAACGAACCGGCGGCUACUCCUACUCCUCCUACUGCCGCCCCCACCUCUGAGGAAGAGAAGGAUCAAGGUGCCUCUACUCCCGCCGCCGCUGCUGCUGCAGAGGCCGGCACCACAGAGGAACCCAAACCCAGCCAGGAAGGCGAUGCUACCGCCCCGGCCCCGGCUACCGAGCCUGCGGCAGCUUCUGCCAACUCGGAGGAAAAGGAGGAGGAGACCGGCGCCUCGCAAGACGACAAGCCCGAAGAGACUGCUCCCGAAAGCGUGGACGUACAGGAAGCCAAAGCCCCCGAGGAAGCCAAGACCGACGAAGAGAAACCGACAGCGGAGCAAGCCUUGUCUAACCCAGCUCCCAACGCCGAAGCCUCCACAACUACUGAGCAAGAGGCAGCAGCACCAGAGCCAGCUGUACCACAGGAGGUACCAUCCGAGUCCAGUCCAGUGCCACCAACUACCGACUCGGCAGAGUAAAACAGAGAAGCCCAAAACUGGAGUGAUAAUCAAAGGACCUUUUUUCCAUGUUUGUUUGUUGGAGUGGUGCCAGGUACUGGUUUGGAGAACUGUCUAACCAGGGAUUUUAAAGGCAUUUUUUAUUUUUUAAAAAAUAAAAAAAAAUCCCAUUACAUUCGUUCUGUUACCACCAUUCCAACAGGCAGAGAUGAGCCCCAAAUCUCGCUCUGUCAUUUUUUUGCAUCAGUAUUACUGUUUUUGCAUAUUUUGCAUCAUUUUAUACAAAAGUUUAAACCUUUUGAUCAAUAUAUGGACAUGUCCAAUGGUGUGGAUAAUCUGGGUGGGUAAAUCCUGGGUAAAAUGUAAAUGAAGUAAUAUUGGAACCACAAUGCAGUGGUGUAGUUGCCAAGUAAAUGUGCCACAAACUAAUUAUGUAAAGGAUUUGUCUUUUUAAAAAAAAAUUGCAAAUCUGACAAAAGUAAUCCAUACAGUUUACAACACUAAGUCUUGAAUACAAGAAAGCAAGGAAAUCUGUCAGAAAAUCAAUAGUUUUAGUAAUGCAUUAAAAUCAUAGAAACUUUUCACUUAUCUCAUUUUUAGCUGUACAAGUCAAGUGAUAAGUAGAAGAAAAAAAAGCAAGUUGUAUAGGCGUUAUUGUUUAUUGCUGGUUCAUGACCUUAAAGUGUAAUUAUGUAUUACAGCAGGGUGUUUUUAACUGUGAUUAUGUAUAAAUGAAAACUUAAUAUCAAGAAGCACAUGAAGUUUGCAACUCUUCACCCUGCCCAUUUUGUAAAAUUGCCGUCAUCUUGGAAGAUCUUUUAAACAAUUUUAAAUGAAAAGCUGUGAUAAGUGGAAUGGUUGCUGUUUAUAUACUGUUGUAUGUUUGGUUACAGCAGUCAAUGCUUUUUUUCAGCCGUCUUUGACAAUUGGGAAAACUCUUCAGAUGCAAUGCGUUUUGUGUAGCAUCUUGUCUAUCAUAGUUUUUUGUAAAUACUGGAGAAGCUUUGACCAAUUUGAUUUAGAAAUGGAAUGUAACUUUGCUUACAAAAUUGCUAUUAAACUUCUCUGCUUAAGGUGUUCUAAUUUUCUGUGAGCACACUAAAAGCAAAAAUAAAUGUGAAUAAAGUUUCAA